AUGGAGAAUACCUUUAUACUUUGUUUCUCUAUUGGAAAACUGACAGAUGUUAAGCAUUACCUAUCCAAGUAUGUCAAAAUUUAUUUGUUGAGUCAUUUUCCUUUUCUCCUGGUGUUCAUCCCGGGCAGGGAAGCCACAGUGUUGUUACUCACCAGGACCCACAUCAGGGUGGUUCCCCAGCCAGAGAUGAUCCUUAUACCAGUGUUCAUCGCAGUCAGCAAAGCUGCAGGUUGUUAUCACCAACAGCAGGGUGUUUCCACUGCCUGGGCUUAUCCUUUGUCAAUGACGGGUUUUUCAGAGGAUUCAGAUGAGGUGGCAGAGAGAAACUUGAAUCACUUACCUGACGUGAGUCCUGUGGUUGGAGCAGUAGCAGUCGCUGGGAUGCUACAUAGAAUGGAGGACACUGUGACUAUUGAGACCAACCUAUGCUUGCCACACAUUAAUCAGUGCCGUCCAGUGCACUUCUUUGGUGUUUUUUAUGGACAUGGAGGAGCUCAUGUGGCCAUAAUGUGCAGGGACUGGAUGCAUGUGAUGCGCUUGGAAUGCCCCCAUACUACCAAGUUCAAGCGGGGCUAG